AUUAGCUAAAGUCACCAAAUUUCCAGCUCUAUAAUUCCUCUGUACGCAGUUGUUAUAUGUACAAUUCAAGCAUCCCACAACUCUUUCUAAUUCCUAGCUAGUUCAUCCUUUGACCAUUACCUAUAUAAAGUCCUCUUAUCAAUAUUAUCCAACUAUCAAAUUGAAACUCUCUCUUUAUAAUUACCUACAUGAUCGUGUAAUUCUUCAACCCCCUUUCUCUCUCUCUCUCUCUCUCAAGAUGGCAACAUGCACUUGUCAUAGAAUUUCAGUGAUGUUCUUGCUCUUGUUCAUUAUGAGUUCCAUCAUGGUUGCUUAUGCUGGUACCUUUUAUGAAGAAUUUGACAUAACAUGGGGUGAACAACAUGCUACAAUACUCGAUAACGGAAAGCUCCUCACUCUUAAUCUUGACCAGAUUUGUGGCUCCGGCUUCCAAUCCAAAAGAUCAUAUCUAUUUGGAAGGAUUGAUAUGCAGCUAAAGCUUGUCUCCGGCGACUCAGCUGGCACUGUCACGGCUUACUAUUUAUCCUCAGAGGGACCAAACCACGACGAGAUUGAUUUUGAGUUCUUGGGAAACCUGAGUGGAGAUCCCUAUAUUGUCCAUACAAACGUGUUCACGCAAGGUAAAGGAGAUAGAGAGCAACAAUUCUACCUCUGGUUUGACCCAACAAAAGAUUUCCACACCUAUUCCAUUGUUUGGAAUCCACGAUGCAUCAUUUUAUUAGUGGAUAACAUUCCCAUAAGAGUAUUCGAAAACCAAGAAUCCAUUGGGAUUCCCUUUCCAAAGAGCCAGCCCAUGAAGCUUUACUCUAGCCUUUGGAACGCAGACCAAUGGGCAACGAGAGGUGGGCUCGUGAAAACAGAUUGGUCCAAGGCUCCUUUCACAGCCUACUAUCGAAACUUCAAUGCCAAUGCCUGUGUGUGGUCUGGGGACUCGUCUUCUUGCUCUUCAUUGUCUACCAAUGCUAUGACUAAUAGAGCUAAUUGGCAAACUCAAGGACUCGAUGCAAAUGGGAGAAGAAGACUCAGAUGGGUGCAAAAGUAUUACAUGAUUUACAACUAUUGUACCGAUUUUAAGCGAUUUCCCGAGGGUCGGCCUAGGGAGUGCCGGCACUCUAGGCUCCUUUAAGAACGAAAUAAUCUGUGUGAAUUUGUAAGAUAUAUUUUGGUGUAAUAUUCAUUUGAGGAUUAUUGGUGUCAAAUAAACCCUUUUUUUUUUGUUUGGUUACAAUUCAAAUUUGUUAUUGCUGGCUACAUUUUGUUCAGUAUAAAAGGUGUAAUAUGCCAUCAA